CGGCGGCCAGUGUAGCAAUGAUGGCGUCUUCGGCUGCUCGUUGCUCCUCACGUUGGAUUACAGUCGCCGUGUCUUCAGGACAGCGGAGAGCUGUCAGUGCUAUUGUGUGCUCUGGCCAUGGAGAAGUCCGGAGUUUCUCUACACUGGGGGCCGAAAAACUGUGGCGCGGUGGGAGCCUGGUGUGUGGCGGAGUGGGGAAAGCGGUGACAUUGAGAGGGCUGUCAGUUCCAGGCCUCAAACCACCAAACGCUGUCUACACUCAGUCCUUUCACACAAGUGCCCCUGCCAGCAGCAAACAGGACUUUUACCAGGUUCUUGGGGUACCUCGCACAGCAACACAGAAGGAGAUCAAGAAAGCUUACUACCAGAUGGCUAAAAAGUAUCACCCUGACACCAACAAAGAUGACCCACAAGCCAAGGAAAAAUUUGCUCAGCUGGCUGAAGCUUAUGAGGUUCUUAGUGAUGAAGUGAAGAGGAAGCAGUAUGAUACAUAUGGCACAGCGGGCUUUGAUGCAGGUCAGGCGGGUGGAGGGCAGCAUUACUGGAGUGGACAUGCCAGCAAUGUGGAUCCAGAGGAGCUCUUCCGCAAAAUCUUUGGAGAAUUCUCUGGAGGUCGCGGCUUUGGAGACUUCGGCGCCAUAUUUGAUCAGCCACAGGAGUACAUUAUGGAGCUGACAUUUACUCAGGCAGCAAAGGGAGUCAACAAAGAGAUGUCAGUUAACAUCGAAACAGCCUGCCAGCGCUGUGAUGGUAAAGGCCACGAGCCAGGCACUAAGGUGCAACACUGCCACAACUGCAAUGGUUCUGGCAUGGAAACGGUAAACACUGGCCCAUUUGUGAUGCGUUCUACAUGUCGGCGCUGCGGUGGCAAAGGCACGGUCAUUUCCACCCCCUGCCACUCUUGUCGUGGCACGGGACAAACCAAACAGAAGAAGACAGUGAUGGUUCCUGUGCCUGCAGGAGUGGAGGAUGGUCAGACGGUGAGAAUGCCGGUUGGAAAGAAGGAGAUCUUCAUCACAUUUAGGGUCCAAAAAAGUCCCAUAUUCAGGAGGGAUGGUGCAGACAUCCACUCUGACCUUUACGUAUCCGUGGCGCAAGCCAUCCUGGGCGGCACAGCGAGAACACAGGGCCUAUAUGAAACUCUGAAUUUAUCUGUCCCUGCAGGCAUCCAGACAGACCAGAGGAUCCGCCUGUCAGGGAAGGGAAUAGCUCGAGUCAGUGGCUAUGGCUUUGGAGAUCACUACAUCCACGUCAAAAUUAAAAUACCCAAGAAUCUCACAGAUAGACAAAGAGCUCUGUUGAUGAGCUACGCUGAGGAUGAGACGGACAUAGAGGGGACGGUAAACGGUGUCACUGCCACCACCACAGGUGGGGGCAGCAGUGGUAGGCGGUCUGAGGCAGGGCAAAGAAAACAUGACAACAAGGCAGAGUUGAAUCAACAAGUUGGCUUCUUCUCCAAAUUAAGGAAAUUAUUCAGUUCUUCCUGACAGCCACAAACCAGGUAAAAGAUCUUCCAUGAACUGAGCGCCUCCAUCAGUGUGUCAGAAGACAAGUAGGAGGACAACGGAAAGAGGAAUACUGGGUUUUGGACAACUGUAGUUCUGGAUGGAGUAUUACAGACCUUCCUACCCAGCCCUGUAUCAAAAACCAAGAGGAUUAUGUACUUUGUACCUCUGCCAAAGUGGAUCCUGGAACAAGAGGCCAGUCCCCUCUCUGUUAAGCAUCCAUAGAAGCAAUGGUGAUAACAAACACUUGUCAUUUCUCAUUUCAAUGUUGGUUUUCUAUUCUUUGUCAGAAGAGAAACAUAACGGUGAUAACAGCAUCCACAUGCCCACAAAUAAGUUAUUGUAUCCACAAAGAGUUCAGGUGCAGUCUAAAGUUUUAUUCAAGGUUAAACAAUCCUGUUAUUGAUCUUUCAGUUCUGUGUGCAUCAGUUGUGUUUUCAUGCUUGGGCUUCUCCGUUUCCUCAGCGCUGCCAGUCCUGACAGGAUAAACAUCAAACUAAAAGUUUGCCGUGGUGGGCUGGAGGUGUGUCAACAGUGGAAAGUAAAAGUCUCAGAAUUAUCAUAGAUCGAACUGUGGAAAGUCAGACUUUCCUGAACUGUGAAAACUGAUUUAUUCUGAUCUGUCAUGUUGCAUUAUGAGAGAGAAAUUGAUUUUAAUCCUCAACCACAGUCCACAUGUACAUAAACAGCUGUAGAGCAUACAUUAAUGCAUCAAUGUGCUAUAUAGAAGAGAGAUACUGUACAGCUCUAAUAAAGCUAGGGCCCAGAAAAAAAACUUUUAUGUAAAGUACAGAAAAAAUAAAGUUCACAAUGCUUUGACUAUG